AUGGUUCUCAAGUCGUGGCUAGACGUGCCGGACGAUCAUGACUUUUCCAUUGAAAAUCUCCCCUUCGGCAUCUUCUCAACAGCCGAUAAUGUGACGCCGCGACCUGGCAUCGCAAUCGGGAGAUUCAUUGUCGACCUGGCAGCAUUGGUCGACACAGAGGCAUUCUCAAUGUACUGCACCUGUCAAUUCCCGUACGCGGUGUUGAAGGAGGUAUCCAUCAUGUUCCUGUCCACCAGUCUCCGUCUCGCACGGACUCUUGGUCGCGAAACGGUCAACGCGGUGCGCAUGUUUGUGAAAUAUCUGCUCGUUGAGAUGACGCCGAUCAUGAGAGACAACAAAGACCUGAGGAAGAAGUGCGUCGUCGACACGGCCGAGGUCAAGGUCGAGAUGCACCUGCCCAUGAGGAUUGGAGAUUUCACCGAUUUCCUGAAUUCUCGGACGUCCAAGCACGCAAAAAACACACAUUCAACAAGCAGCACGCCAGUAAACAUGUUCAAUCCUCCUCGUGCGUUCACUGCUCGCGCAUCCAGUCUUGUGGUUUCAGGGACGCCGAUCGUGCGUCCAAUGGGACAUUUGAUCGACUCAAAUGGUAAGGCAUAUGUGGGACCGUCACAACAGAUGGACGUCGAGAUGGAGUUUGCUUUCUUCCUGGGCGAAGGAAUCAAACGCUUCGACCGGGUUUCGAUCGAGGAGGCUGAGAACCGCAUAUUCGGUGUGGUGCUUCUGAACGACUGGUCAACCCGUGAUGUCCAGGCUCCUGAAGAUCAUCCUUUUGCCGCCUUCAAUGCCAAGUCCUUCGCCUCGACCAUCAGUCCUUGGGUCGUGUCGAUCGACGCACUGGAGCCCUAUCGCACGAAGAUCCAGCCCCAAGAGCCGUCAGACCUGUUACCGUAUCUGAUUGACAAAAAGAGUCUUGGUACCUUUGACAUCUCCAUUCGCAUGCAAUGGACGCUCUCACCUGAGGGAGAAGUGUUCGACACCUCCACCAGCAACUUGACCAAUGCGUACUGGUCCUUUACGCAGAUGUUGACUCACCAUGCGUUCGGAGGUUGUGAAAUGAGGACAGGAGACCUGAUCGGAACCGGUACACUUACUGGAGAGAGCGCAGAAUCAAUUUGUUCUCUGGUUGAGCGAACAGAUAACGGCGCAAAGCAGGUACAGACUCCUUCGGGGAACAAGAGACUUUAUGUUCAAGACGGGGACAAGGUCACGUUUACGGGUUGGGCGGGUGAAAAGGGGGAUCAAUCGCUGUCAGGGAAGAGGGUCGGUUUCGGGAUCUGCGAGGUCAUUGGACAUGACUUUCCACCAUGUUCUCUACCGCUUUACAUCCAGCAUCUCCCCAGUUUCAAGAGCUUCCGGCUCCACUCACAGUCCCCACAAGGCUACGUCGACCUCGCACUCGACGGUCGUGUGACUUUUGUCGGUCUCGAAAGAGUGCUUGUCGGCUCGACCAAGGUCCGCCAUGUUACGCCUGCCGUCUGGAAAGCCACCGCAGGUCCAGUUGCCGCUCACGACAAAGGUGCCGCCAGACCUGUGCACACUGAUAUGCCCAGAUCAUCGAACUGGACGCAGGGAGCCCAGGCCGCCGCCUCUGCCAGCAAUGACGUGGAUCUCGCCGUCUUCUCCCCUCAGUCUAAUGGCAGCUCGCAGCAGAUGUCGCCCACACAGGGGGCAGGCUCUGUAACUUCACAAGUCUCGAUCGAGUCAGGUCGGCCGACAACGCGACACAGCGUCGUGGGACGAGAAUAUGAUACGCUGACCGAGUCCUUGGACGCAUGGCCGACCAAAACUACCUUCCUCUUGGGAGAUACAGGCGAGUCGGAUCCCUAUCUGCUCCGGCACUUUUCGACAGAGUACCUUGACUCGUCGGUGGAUGACAUUGCCAAGGUGACACCCCGACAUAUGCUACGUGCAUCAGACCCAGACGUCAUGCAUAGUCAAGGAAAGCCCUUGAUCAUGUCAAUUGCCGACCAUUCUCUGUACGAUCGAGGAGAACCGCGACUGGAUCAGACAGUCCUUGACCAAGCAGCUGAUGAAGUUGCCCAGAUGGUCUCGGAUGAGACCGGCGUCCGACUGGUCAAACUCUUCUUUCGAUACAUCUACCCGCAUUUCCCCAUCUUGUCAAAGAGCCGUCUUCUGUACCCGCUGGUGGAACUCCCUUCUCGGCUCAAACAGCUUCCCCUCUCGCUCAAAGCGGCUAUCUACGCUUCUGCUCUGGCCUUCUUCACGUACGACGACGUGCUUGCCACCACGAUUGUCCAUUCGCCACCAUCGAGCCAGCGACUAUACCGCAUUGCCUGGGUUGCUGUGACGCACGAAGUCCACACGCCUCACCUUUCCACGCUACAAUCAUGUCUGCUCCUUCUCCAACGUGUCAACGACGACCGAUACGUGAUGGACACGGUGUUUCGGUGGAGUUUGCUCGGCUGGACCGUGGCUCUGGCGCAGACGUUUGGCUUGUCCACCGACUGCCUCGACUGGACGGGGCUUCCAGACUGGGAAAAGCGGCUGCGUCGACGCCUUUGGUGGGCGACUUUUGUCAUGGACAAAUGGGCAUUUAUGUCGGCAGGAUUGUCGAGUCACAUCCACGACGAUAGCUACGACGUUUCCCCCCUGACCGCGGCCGACUUUAUCUCUUCUGGCGAGACAGAAUCAUCUCAACAGCAGCAAAACAACGGCAACAUCGAAGCUGCCAGCUCCGCGGCUACCGCCGAACCUCCCUUGUCCCACUUUUACCACCUUACCCGCCUCACCGCAAUCCUCAGCGAUAUCCAGACGGCUUUCUUCACCAUUGCCGCGUCCAAACGCACCGAACGCGACUUUAAACUCUCGAUCGAGCUGGCGAAGCCGAUCCGCCGCCGCUUGAAGGAGUGGAAGACCUCAUACGACGCCUAUCUCGACACUACGCACCUGCACGGCCAUCAUAAUCACCACAACGCCACUUCUAUGCGUUCCCGCUCGUCUGGUCUCGAUGGCAACGCCUCUCUGGGCCUCAGCUACCUCGUCACGAACAUCAUGCUCUUCCGCGCGCUGCUACGGCCCCUCGAAUCCAACCUUCCAUCCACCUCUGUCCCGUCCUCCUCGUCCGAAGCCGGCCGUGACGCCGUCCGCAUCGGCGCAAAGACAUGCUGCAUCGAAGCCGUCGAGUUUGUCGAGACCCUGCGCCGCAACGUCUGGGACGCCUUCUGGCACUCGUGGUCGCGCGCCGGGUUCGCCAUGAUCUCCUCCAUGAUGAUCCGUCUGCUAAUCACGAGCGAGGACCCGGGCGAGGUCGACGACAUCAACGCGCUCAUCAGGCGGUGGCGCUGGGCGCUGCGCACGGGCGGAGGCAGUGCCGGGAACGUCCUGAUGAGUCUGGCGCUGCUACGGCUCGAUCGGUCGCUGGUCACGCGGGGGAUCCACGAGAGUGAUGAGGAGUGA